GCAUAAACGUGUCUUAGCUCGGAGAAAUACCCCAACUGUCAUGCAUCUGUUUCCCUAGGGCGUGCCAAAUAGCGGCAGCAACAGAAGCGGGAAAGUGUGGCAGUCUUCCACCUGGAAAGAAGACACGCGAACUGCGCCGCACACGGCACGUCUGUGCAGCUUCUUUUAGAGCUUUUAAAAAUAUUUUGCACCACGUGCGUAAAAGUUGCGAAAUUGGCCGCAGUAGAAACUCGGUACGACAAACUCCGUGCGGACAAUUGUGGAAACAUGUUUUUUAUGUUCUUCCCCGCGGUAGACGUGGCCAGAAGCGCGCCGUGCCCACCGUUCCUCGCAUUCGACUGUGUGCUUCUGAAUCUCACGUUUUCUUGUGUAACCUUUUUGCCAUUCUACAGCUUCAGCGCUUGUGUUUCGUAUGUGCUAUAGGCACUCGUGUCUCGAUUCUUUCACGACCGGGGCAGGAGGGGGCUCUACACUGGCCGCCGCCUUCCCUGGCGCCAACCGAAGGACCGGCGCGGCAAUACGAGAAACUGACGUUUUCGCCUGGAUUAUGUCGCCCGGUGUAUGAGUGCUGUCUCUCGUGUCGCUUUUUUGACAAGAUGUUCACCGGAGCCUUGAUGCGUAGAGAGGGCGUACACAGUGGCGCUGCAGGGGGCGCAGAGGCGGCGGUGUCUUCUUCUGCUCUACAGCCCGCGGAAGCUCAAGCCAGCAGAAAGAAAGAGAUGCAGCUUGCCUGUCCCGACGUUAUCCAGAAGGAAGCGACGCGCGUCAACGCCGUCGCUAUGAAGAGUCGAGACUUCGGAGACGAGCGAAGCGAGAGUCCGUUGCAAGGGCCGGACGAGAACAGCCCUCCGCAGACGCAGCCUCUACCCCCCAAAACCGUUACUCGGCCGGUCUUCUCCGGCACUGCCAAGCCGCAUGCACCUCCCGGGCGCCAAUAUGCAAAUCAGCGGUUUUCCUCGGCCGCACCGAAGUGUCCUGGACCCAAGUACGCGCGUGAGUCGAAGAGCGCCUUGUGCGUGUCGGCGAACGUGCCUCCGCUCUGCAGUCCGCAGUUCGCGUCCUUGGCUACGAAACUGAAGUGUAAGAACGCCUCGCCUAACGUGAAUGUGCUCUGCGCAUGCGUGGACGUCUACAGCACCCUGAUACAGACCGUCGCUGACGGCGCCUCCGUGACUACGGAGGAACCGUGCUCCAGCAACGGCUCGACGCCGGCAAUCCCCCAGGCGCGCGCGUCUCUCACGAGCGGCGAGGACUGGGAGGCAGACGUCACAGCGUUGACUGGGCUGCAGGCUGUUGCGAAACACCACCCAAAUUGGCUGUGUGGGCCCACCUUGUCGCGGGGACGAGAGAGCGAGAGGCCGCCGGCGGAAGCCCCGGCCGCGUGCGCCUCGCUCUGCGUCGCCUUCAUCGUUCGCCGGACGCAAAGUCUGCGCAGCUCCGUCGCGCGAAGUGCACUCCGCACUGCGGCGGCCCUUGUUCGAGCUUCGCGGCUUUACCGGAAGGUCGGUCGCGAAGUCGCGGGGUGUUUGCACACUUGUCAAUGCAGGUGUCCGUGCUGCGGCGAAGAUUCGACAGAAUCCCCCGGUACUGGCUCCGAGUGCCGCUGCUGCGCGGUGAUCGGAGCGCAUGCAGCCGUAGGUGAACGCCGUGGAACCGAAAACGUAGAAGAGGAGUUUUGGGCAAUCUGCAACCAGCUCCUCCCCAUUUUGUUGACCAAGGCGGGCGCUACCGACAAGAAAUUCUUGGCCACGGAAGCCGAAGCUGCCCUGGACGUCAUGGCCACAUGCAUCGCCACAGCCCAGUCUUCGUCACUCCUCGCUUCCACAGUUGACCAUCUGAAAACGCACAUCCACAGCAUCCGAACGAUGGUGCCUGCGGCGAGCUUCGCCCAGAAGGUCUCAGAGAAGCUGCUCGAGGCGGUUCGCGGGUCUGCCAACGUUGCCGGAAAUCAUCGAGCUCGUGGAGCUGAAACCUCUCAAAACGAGAGCAGUGGCCGAAGCACGUCUCUCUUGGCGUCUCCGAAAAGACCGCGAGAAGUCUCUGGAAACCAGUCGCUCUUUCACAGAGAAUUAUUUGCCCUUCCCACCUUGCUUCUGCCGCUGCUCCUCGCGUUUGGCCGGGCGCAGCACGCGGAAGCCAGGAAAGCUGCACGGCGUGCGAUCGAACAGUUCGCCAGCGGUCUGUUGCCUCACGUCAUCUUCCUCGACAGCGAACUGCAGGUGGGAAAUUCAGAUGGAAAGACUCAGAGAGUUCUCGAGUGUCUACAAACCUUGGCAGCAGCUGUGGAGCACGGCGCACAAAACAAACGGCAGAAAGUUAGCGGCGCGCAGACAGACGAAGCGAGCGCGAGUUGUCACGAUUCCCGGCUCGAAGCUAGAGACAAUCUGCGUCUGCUGCUUGAAUGUGUCCGGUCGGCCGUCGCAGCUUGGACAACAGCACUGGAGGGGAAAUCCACGCUCCUGAUGUCGCCCCGGAUGCCGCUGUACAAGAGGCUGACUGUGACGAACCCGCCUGAAAAACGCAAGUCGUCGGAGGCGCAGGCAGAGUUUGUGAUCGCGCCUAGAGUGUCUCUGCGGGGGGACAGGAUGGCAACUACAGUUUCUGGAAGACCAGAAAGUUCGAGCACCGGCAGAGAGCAGGGCGCAGGUAGAAUCGAAGAGCCAGCUUCAGGAGCGCUGCCGGUGGGCCCAGAUUCUUACGAGAAAGCCAACGAGCGACGCGAAACUGCUGCAUCCAAGGAAAAGGGGUUUGUGCGGUGUACAAUUGCCCCCUCCAGUUUGUGUCAUCGUAAAACCGCGUCUUCUGAGGUGGAGACGGAAGACUUCGGGUCGUCUUCAUAGCCUUUUACCCUCAUACGUUACCAGCAGAUGCAAAAAGCCACUCAUACGUAAUUAAAACACUCUUCGUACAUGCAACACUCUGAUAACCUUUGUCAUAUUAAUACACAGUGCUCAACGGUUUCCAUUGCUCCCAUACACGAAGCGGAAGGAGCGAACGGAGUCCCGUGGGCGGGCUCCGGUUGCUACGUGUCUGAUUUCUCUCUUCAGCGGAACUCAAAGCUGAUGAAGUGAAGAGAAGGGGGUUAAACAUAUCAGACUUGUGGGAGAGGUGGAAGCUCAUCUGGCAAGGCUGCAGGUGUCGGUGAGCGCGCGGCUCCGUACUGAGUUUGUCGAUCCCUUGACUUCCAGCGCAGAUACGCGCCACAUGAAAGGCAAAAAUGAGGCAACGCAAGUCGUGGAAAUGUGUUCAGAAUCCCCUGUCGAAAAAGAGAAGUCAAAAAUCGAAACAAUCCGUUGUUUGACGCUAACGCUCUAGCCACGUGUUCGUUUUCAAAAUGCAGUGGGGUAAGUGGUUGCUUGGCACUGCGGUCUCAUGAGCCUGUGAACU